AGCCGAACCCGGAAGUCUCUACCGUGUAAAUUAGCUGCAGAGAAAUAAAGAUUGCUGUCAUGCAACCUGUCUUCGAGGAGCUCAGUUCCUCAACCCAAAACCACUCGGGUUUAAACACUGACAGGCGAGAAGGCUCUUUGACGAUAUCCUCCUCCUCCUCCACCCUACCGGCUAAUUCUCACAUGCACAGCUUCCCCAUGCUCUCAGAAAGCAGAAAACGGCAUCAUGGCUGUGAUGCUGAGGAAGAACAAGUUCCGCCUCAAGCUAAGAGGUUUCCAGGCCACACUUUCUUUUCUGAACUGGCCCAUGAUGUUUGGGACUCUGAGUCUUCCAGUAGUGACAGCAGUUGCAUUAGCAGUCCAGAGAAACUGACAGGAGCAGGCUCUGUAUACCAGCCUGCAAAGCAAAAUGGGAAAUGUGUCCUAGAAGAUUCCCCUAGCCCUAGCACCUCUGGUCAGUUUGGUGAAGAUGCAGGCUUUCUGCUGGGCGAAUCGGAUGACUCUUACCAUCAUAUCAACCGCAUCCUUAGAGAAGCUCACUUCAACAGCCUGAAAACUCGUGGCCAGCCAGGAGAAACCUGAACGUCUGGGAAAUGGAACACAGGGAAUCUUUUACAGUGGAAACGUACAUCAGUGGCACAAUGUGAAUCUCUCUUAAAUUUGACUUUGCUGCUUUGGUACCCAUUUUCAGCAUUUUUCAAUUUUCAUUAUGAGUGUCAGCGUUCAUUUAGAUCUUUACUUGGGUGCUUCAAUAUUAAAGAAAUCUCAGACAGCAUGCUACAUGAUCAUUACAUGUAAAUCCCUAUCACUCAUCUUGGCAGAUGUAAAUGGUGCUAUAUGUUAAAUAAUACAGUGAUACAUACAAAGUAAGACAGUUUCAACAAGAUGAUGUGCAUUGUUAGUGUAUGAACAGUGAGUGGUGGUGGUGCACAGAAGAAUUAUGCAUUUUUACUUUCUUCUUCCUAAAGACCUUUGCGAUCACAGAGAUGGUUUAGCUAAGCGCAUGGGAGCAUUAAUGCAUAAUGAUUGAAACGUAGUUAUAUUAUCAGUUCUAACCUGUAUACAUAGGACCUGAAGGUAAAUGUGUUGCAUUUGUUCCUAUUUGAGUUUAAAUUAUUCAGAUAGCUUAGUUUCAUCUUGUGUAUAUUAAAAAAACAACAACUCAGGCUUUGUGAUUUCUUCCUAGUGUGCCAUGAAGUCAAAUUGACAUCUAUAGUACAGAUCUGUGCCACACAAGCAUAUCCUUACCUUCAGUUUUUUUUUUUUAAGUGUGAACUAUUUGUUAUAUUUGUAUUUAAUAUUAACAAUUAUUUGAUUUUUUUUUAUUCAGGUAUGUAACAAUGUACCUUUCUUCAGGCACUUUUAUUAGCUAACUUAACAAGAAAUUAAUUAAGUGAAUUAUUUAAUUAAUUAAGUGAUGUCAAAGUAUUUUAGUUAAGAUGAAAAUAUUUGAAUCCACAGAACAAUUUGCAGAGCCUGAAGGAAAUAAUUUCCGAUUAGUCUAUUCGGUAUCUUUUCGAUAAACACUUUUUUUUUAAACCCUGGUUCAUUUAUCAUCAGGCCUUACACGUCUGGGUGAGCAGUGGACAAUGACAAGAAUGUGCUAUAUCGUCAUCAGCCUACAGUCUGUAUCUUUGUAUGUAUGUAUGUAUGAGUACGUUGUGUAUGUGGCCGGAGGUCAUACUUGUGCUUCCAAAUAUAAUGUUCGAGAGUUUGUCCUUGUAUAGCAAGGGUGCUGAUAUAGCUUUUAUCUUGCACUGUGGUAUGUCCAUAUGAAGGAGCAGUGGUUUUCAACCUGGGUGUUACUGGAUGGUUUUUAAGGAAGGCUCACCUGCCCAGUAUGCAGUGCUUUACAGUAUGUUCUAAAAUGCUUCCUUACAAAAUCAGAUGGGCAAAAACAGCUUUUAAACUGCAUUACAGUUAAAUAUUACAUUUAUUUGAAUACUUAGAAUGUGCACUCAAAUGGGAAGAAAUGUGUUUAUGGGAAGAAGUGUGCCUCAGGGGGGAAACGCAUUCAGAGGGUUGGAGUCUGUGCACCUCUGAUAAUUUUGAAUUGUUCUAGAGAGGGUUGCAUCGCAAGACUGGGAGCUCCAGUGUGAGUCAUGUGUUUGGAUUAUAAUUAUUACAAUCGCCUUCAUAUUUUGUAUGUAGAAUUGUACAGAACAUAGCUAGCACAUUUAUAAUUUAUAAAUUGUUAUUUUCUCAAAUGAUCUUCGUACAAUAACAAUAAAAGUUUUUAAAUACC